AUGGCUAAAUCAUCAUCUAAACAAGUUAAAGAUAUUAAAAAGAAAGAUUCUAAGAAGGUUAAAGAACCAGAACCAGAAAGUUCAAGUUCUAGUGACUCUUCAUCCAGUGAAUCAUCAAGUGACGAUUCAUCAAGUGAAGAAGAAAAAUCUUCAGAUGAUAGCUCAGACAGUGAAUCUGAUUCAGAUUCAUCUGACGAAGAAGAAGAAGAAAAGAAAGAAGAAAAGAAAGAUUCAAGUGAUAGUUCUGAUUCCGACUCUGAUUCUGAUUCAUCCGAUGAAGAAGAAGAAAAGAAGGAAGAAAAGAAAGACUCUUCUGAUUCCGACUCAGACUCAGACUCAGACUCAGACUCAGACUCAGACUCAGACUCAGACUCAGACUCAGACUCAGACUCAGAUUCUGAUUCUGAAGAAGAAAAGAAAGAAGAAAAGAAAGCUUCAUCUGACUCUGAUAGUGAUUCAUCAUCAUCAGAUUCAGACUCAUCCGAUUCAGACUCUGAUUCAGAAUCCGAAGAAGAAGAAAAACCUGUUGAAAAGAAAAGAAAAUCCGAAAGUGAUGAAGAAUUCCAAACUGCUGAUGAAGAACCAUCACCAAAGAAACAAAGAACUGAUGAAGAAACCGGUACUUUAUUCGUUGGUAGAUUAUCAUGGAAUGUUGAUGACGAAUGGUUAAAGAGAGAAUUCGAAAGUUUACCAGGUGUUACUGGUGCUAGAGUUAUUUUCGAAAGAGCUACUGGUAAAUCAAGAGGUUACGGAUACGUUGAUUUCGAAACCAAAUCUCAAGCUGAAAAAGCCUUACAAGAAUUCCAAGGUAGAGAAAUUGAUGGAAGACCAGUUAAUUUAGAUAUGUCAACCUCAAAACCUCAAACUCCAAACAGAAAUGAUAGAGCUCAAAAAUUCGGUGAUGUCCCAUCUCAACCAUCUGAUACUAUUUUCAUUGGUAACUUAAGUUUCCAAGCUGAUAGAGAUAACAUCAGAAAUGCAUUUGCUGAAUACGGUAAUGUUAUUUCAUGUAGAAUCCCAACUCACCCAGAUACUCAACAACCAAAAGGUUUCGGAUAUGUUCAAUUCUCAUCAGUUGAAGAAGCUCAAACUGCUUUAAACGCUUUAAACGGUGAAUAUAUCGAAGGUAGACCAUGUAGAUUAGAUUUCUCCACUCCAAAAGAACCAUCUCAAGGUGGAUCUCGUGGUGGAUUUGGUGGUCGUGGUGGCCGUGGUGGUUUCGGUGGCCGUGGUGGAUUUGGUGGUAGAUCAGCAUCAAACUCUCCAAGACCUCAAACUCCAAGAAAUGAAUUUAAAGGUACUAAAAAAACAUUUGAUUAG